AAACAGCCAAACGCUGUUAAUAACUUAGUUAUGAUAACUCAAUCGGAUGACCAUCAAUUCAAUUUAAAUCAAGAUGUAAAUUACUUCACAGGAGGUCAUAAAUCUGAUUUGAUUGAACAGUGCGAUAUAUAUCAGGAAUACAGGCAAAACUCAGCAAUAAAAAGCACGGAUCCAGAUCAAUUUAUUUUAGAUGACAAUUUUGAUUGCAAUGUUUUUGUUGGAGUUGAUGAUAUCCAACAGUCUGGAGAGGAUAUUAUGCCUAAUAUUCUUCCAAAUAUAUGCCCUCCACCUUCUGCUUUUUUAGGCCCGAAAUGUGCUUUAUGGGAUUGCUUUAGGCCUGCUCAAGGGUUAAAAUGUUGCCAGGACUACUGCUGUAGUUCGCAUGAGCUUUUGGCAAAUAAUGAGGGUCUUCCUGGCAUGACUCCAAUUUUGCGUCCUGGGGGCAUUGGCGUUAAGGAUGGUCCUUUGUUUGCUGCUGUUAAUGCGAAGACGCUGGGUAAGGAGGUGGGCAUCCCUAAUUGUGAAGGUGCUGCUUCAACUAAAUCCCCUUGGAAUGCUCCUGAGUUAUUUGAUCUUUCUCUUUUUGAGGGUGAAAUGGUGCGGGAAUGGCUCUUUUUUGACAAGCCUAGAAGGGCUUUUGAUAGUGGAAACAGAAAACAAAGAUCACUCCCAGAUUAUAGCGGACGUGGUUGGCAUGAAUCAAGGAAGCAAGUGAUGAAGGAAUAUGGGGGACAAAAGAGGUCCUAUUACAUGGAUCCUCAGCCUCUAAGUUAUCUUGAGUGGCAUUUGUAUGAAUAUGCAGUGAAUAAGCAUGAUGGUUACGCAUUAUAUAGACUGGAAUAA